AUCAGACCCGAUUCCCGGACGGCGCCGGAGGUUCGUGCUGUUCUCCGGAACGCGCCAACUGCCCUUCCCAUCAGUCCGGACGCGUGGGAUUUCUUUCCCCAUUUCCCUCUUAUAAGUACAAUAAAAGGGAGGGGGGAAUUCGUGGAUUUUUAAAAAUUUCGUUUGCUUCUUUCAUUGGGGGGGCAAUUCGCUCCCAGCCGGGAGGUGCGGCCCGGGGAGGGGCCAGGAGCGGGAACGUGCCCGGUGCUGCCCAGUCUUUGUCUGCUGCCUCCGGAUGCACAGCGAUGGGGGAAUGGACCAUCUUGGAGAGGCUGCUGGAAGCCGCCGUGCAGCAGCACUCCACUAUGAUCGGGAGGAUCCUGUUGACUGUGGUGGUGAUCUUCCGGAUCCUCAUUGUGGCCAUUGUUGGGGAGACGGUGUAUGAUGAUGAGCAGACCAUGUUUGUGUGCAACACACUGCAGCCCGGCUGUAACCAGGCCUGCUACGACCGUGCCUUCCCCAUCUCUCACAUCCGUUACUGGGUCUUCCAGAUCAUAAUGGUGUGCACCCCCAGUCUCUGCUUCAUCACCUACUCUGUGCACCAGUCGGCCAAGCAGCGAGAACGCCGAUACUCUACUGUCUUCCUAGCUCUGGAUAGAGACGCCCCGGAGUCUAUGGGGGGUCCUGGAGGAACUGGGGGUGGCAGCAGUGGUGGAGGCAAACGAGAAGAUAAGAAGUUGCAAAAUGCCAUCGUCAAUGGGGUCCUGCAGAACACAGAGAACACUAGCAAGGAGACAGAGCCAGAUUGCCUAGAGGUUAAGGAGCUGACUCCACACCCAUCAGGUUUGCGCACGGCAGCGAGAUCAAAGCUCCGCAGACAGGAAGGGAUCUCUCGCUUCUACAUUAUUCAAGUGGUGUUCCGAAAUGCCCUGGAGAUUGGGUUUCUGGUCGGCCAAUACUUUCUCUAUGGCUUUAGUGUCCCAGGCUUGUAUGAGUGUAACCGCUACCCUUGCAUCAAGGAAGUGGAAUGCUAUGUGUCCCGGCCCACUGAGAAGACUGUCUUCCUAGUGUUCAUGUUUGCUGUGAGUGGCAUCUGCGUCGUGCUCAACCUGGCUGAACUCAACCACUUGGGGUGGCGCAAGAUCAAGCUGGCUGUGCGAGGGGCCCAGGCCAAAAGGAAGUCAGUCUAUGAGAUCCGGAACAAGGACCUCCCCCGGGUCAGUGUUCCCAAUUUUGGGAGGACUCAGUCAAGUGACUCCGCCUAUGUGUGAAAGGGCAGGUUUUGGGAAGGCCUUCGGGAUAACAAGAAGCCCCAACAUAAACGAACUGCUCAAGAGUGGAUAAAUCAGCCCUUAUUCAUAAAAUGAAAAUGUAGGGUAAAGCUGAUUAAGUGAAGAUCUUGCAUCAAUAUGACAGGAGAAAAAGUAGACCCAUUGUCGCGUAUUACACCACUGGCUCCACACAGGCAGUUGAGUACUGUUGAGUAGAGUGGUGAGAUGGAUGAGUUGACAUCUUUUUUUGGACCUCUUCUUUUAGGGUCCAGAUUCUGAUAGCAGCAGACUUGCACAGCCACCAAGCAGGACUUAGCUCUGCUGAGCUCUGUAUUCUGGUAAAUGGCAUGAGUCAAAUACUUCAUUAAUACAAAUUUUGUGACCUAUUUCAACACAUCCCUUUAUCCUGGGCUUCAGGACAAAUAUCCUUGAGGAUCCUCCAUGUAUCUCCCCCAUCAGCAUGCCCCUCUUCCUCAAACCAGGAUAGCAUGCCAGCUUUUUUCUGAACCUGGCCUUACAUUUAGACCUAAUAUGGUUUAUCUGCAAGCUAGAGGGAUUUACACGGGGUGCUUUUUGGAGAUGGGCCGUGGCAGAGGUUUGCCCUAGAGCCCCAUCAGACUGGCUCUUAGUCAUUAUGAAAACCUUAGGAAUGUCUCAAUAUUUCCAGUUUUCUAACUCAAAUUGCACUGGUGCUGUUUAUUA